ACACAAGAGGGGCUUCUAUUAUUUAACAUAAAAGACAUCAUUCCCUUUCAAAUAUAUAAAAAAAAAACUAUUAAAUGAAAUAAACUAUAGUUUUUGAAUUAAUUAAAAAAACUAACAAGAGGGGCUUCUAAUGUUUUUUCUAUAUAAAUACCUGAAGGCAGCCUUUCGUCUUAAACCCCACAGCAAAAAGCCACUCUCCUUUCUCUCUCUCUCUCUUUUGCUCCUCUGCUUCCAUGGCCACCAAGCUCGACACCAGUAGCUUACUUUUGGCCAUCUUCUCCAAAUGUAGCCUCCUUACUCAAACCAAUCUUGCUCUCUCUCUCCUCGUAGCCUCCCUUGCUUCUCUCGCUCUUUCUCUCUUCUUCUGGUCUCAUCCCGGAGGACCCGCAUGGGGAAAGUACUUCCUCCAUCGCCGCCGUCAAACCACCGUGAUACCUGGACCAAGAGGCUUACCUUUUGUCGGAAGCAUGUCUCUCAUGUCAAGUGCUCUGGCUCACCGUUGCAUAGCCGCAACCGCAGAAAAAUUUGGAGCCAAACGUUUAAUGGCGUUUAGCUUAGGAGAAACUCGCGUGAUCGUCACGUGCAAUCCUGAUGUAGCUAAAGAGAUUCUAAACAGUCCGGUUUUUGCUGACCGACCGGUUAAGGAAUCAGCUUAUUCUCUUAUGUUUAACCGAGCUAUCGGUUUCGCACCUUACGGCGUUUACUGGCGAACCUUGAGAAGAAUCGCGUCUAAUCAUCUUUUUAGUCCGAAACAGAUUAAACGUUCCGAAACGCAGAGACGUGAGAUCGCCAAUCAGAUCGUCAAGUGUCUUGCAAAACAGAGUAACACCAAAGGUCUCUGUUUUGCACGUGACUUGAUCAAAACGGCAUCGCUUAAUAACAUGAUGUGCUCUGUUUUUGGAAAAGAAUAUGAGCUUGAGAACGAGCAUGAAGAAGUGAGUGAGCUACGUGGAUUGGUGGAAGAAGGUUAUGAUUUACUCGGAACACUUAAUUGGACCGAUCAUCUCCCAUGGCUCUCGGAGUUUGAUCCUCAGAGAAUCCGGUCUAGAUGCUCCAAUCUCGUACCGAAAGUAAACCGGUUUGUGAACCGGAUUAUCUCUGACCACCGUGAUCAAACUCGUGACUCACCGAGUGACUUUGUUGACGUAUUGCUCUCUCUUGAUGGUCCUGAUAAAUUAUCCGACCCUGAUAUCGUCGCUGUUCUCUGGGAAAUGAUAUUCAGAGGAACUGACACGGUGGCUGUUUUGAUCGAGUGGAUUCUUGCUAGGAUGGUCCUACAUCCAGAUAUUCAAUCGACGGUUCACAAUGAGCUUGAUCAAAUCGUGGGAAGAUCAAGAGCCGUCGAAGAAUCUGACGUGGCGUCUCUAGAGUAUCUAACGGCUGUUGUGAAAGAAGUCUUGAGGCUUCACCCGCCAGGCCCACUACUCUCAUGGGCCCGUUUAGCAAUCACAGAUACGAUCAUCGACGGUUGUCGUGUUCCGGCGGGGACCACCGCAAUGGUGAACAUGUGGGCUAUAUCACACGACCCACACGUGUGGGAGAAUCCGUUGGAGUUUAAACCCGAACGUUUUGUAGCCAAGGAAGGUGAGGUUGAGUUCUCGGUUCUUGGGUCGGAUUUGAGGCUUGCACCGUUCGGGUCCGGUCGUCGGGUUUGCCCCGGGAAGAAUCUUGGUUUGACCACCGUCACGUUUUGGACUGCGACGCUUUUGCAUGAGUUUGAAUGGCUAACACCGUCCGAUGAGAAGACCGUUGACUUGUCCGAGAAAUUGAGGCUCUCGUGUGAGAUGGCUAAUCCUCUUGCUGCUAAAUUACGCCCCAGGCGUAGUUUUAGCCAAAAGAUAAAAAUAAAGAACAAACAAAGUAAAGGUAACAAAUCAAAUAAGAAUCAUACAAAAAAAAGAAAAAAAAAAUGGUUAUGAAGCUUGUAUAUUAAACUAACAUCUGAUACGUUUGGUGGUGUGUUGUAUAUAUGAUGAAAACAUUAAUGUCACAAAGAAAAGUUUAUAGUACUAUGUGGUUUUUCUAUAUC